AAGAGUUCAGUCAUUUAGUCGAUGGCAUUUGCUCCUCACGUGCAGGGGCGUGCGCCAUAGAAGCAAAGAAAGAAAGAAGUCAAGUUAGUUGACGUUUGUCAUUUUGGGUAGUUUGACGCGCGAUGGCCAGUGAUUCGCAAUUGUUCCAUUUGUUGAUAAUUGUGCAUUACGCUCGGAGUUAUGUACGCAGCUAGACGUUACAUCGUUAAUCAGGCAGAGGAUUGACGUCGACUCUAGAUAGGACGCUUUCGCUCUUUGUUGACUUUGUAGUUUUUUGAUAACGUUUUGAAAUUCGAGAGGAUGAACGUGUACAAGAGAACAACGUGCGAAAACGUCACUACGGCGGGAAACAGUCUCGGAGCUACAGUAAUGAAUCGCACUUGGAGCCAGGGCGAUAACGACAGCGACGAUGAAAUCGCCAAUGAAAAUGCGUCGCUCGUCGAAACCAACGAACCUAGGCAAAAUCAUUCCGCUCCCGCAGAUUGCAAGAGUUGUCCGGUCACGACAUUUGCAGAAGAAAAGAUGCGUCGCAAACUGCGAUUUUUCUUUAUGAACCCAAUCGAAAAAUGGCAGGCAAAACGACGUUUUCCUUAUAAACUCUUCGUUCAAGUCUUCAAGAUUGUUCUCGUAACAGUACAGCUUUGUUUGUUUGCGCACAAUAAUUACACGCAUGUAAAUUACACGUGGGACAAUCAAAUCACUUUCUCACAUCUAUUUUUAAUGGGAUGGGAUGCUACACAUGAGGUACCUGCGUAUCCACCUGCAACAGGACCAUUGGCCAUUUACAAACGAAGCGAAUUCUUUGAUGCCAUUGAUUAUGCUUUGCAUGGCUACUACAAUGUUAACAACGCUGUUGGUUCAUACUCGUAUAUCGCUGAAGACAAUUCGGUCGGACCCGCGGCUCUGUGUCUUUACGAAUAUAAACAAGGCAUAAUAUUUGGCUUCAACGAGAGCUAUGUGUUUGACAGUGAGAUUGUGAAGACGUGCAUGAACAUUACUCUUGAAACCUUUGAGACGUUUAAGUCGUCGCAUAAGCUUCUAGAAAACAGAAAUAUCAACGUUAACUUCUCCGCGCUAGUACGUGCUUAUCUGAAAUUCUCUCUAAAGACAGUAAACCUAAAAACAGCUGGACCAAUGACACCACCCGAUUGCUACCGCUUCAACGUCAAAAUCGAUUUUGAUAAUCGUGACUUUGACGGACAGAUGUUGCUCUCAUUAGACGCUGAAGCCAGGAAGUUACAAUGCAAGGGUGACACUCGCUACAUCACAGACAACCGCAUCGAAUCAGCGUUGCGAACUCUGUUGAAUUUGCUCGUUAUACUAAUUUGCACAAUUUCUCUCGUGUUAUGUUCGCGAGCGAUAUAUAGGGCGCAGUUGCUCAAAUUCGAAACAAUAAAUUUUUUCAGAAAGACGUACGGUACGACGUUAAAUCUAGAGUGUCGAUUGGAGUUCUUGAACCUCUGGUAUAUCAUGAUCAUUAUCAACGAUAUUCUGAUCAUUAUUGGCAGUGUGAUAAAGGAACAAAUUGAACGGAAACACUUCAACAGUGAUCAUUGGAACAUCUGCAGUAUAUUUCUUGGCACCGGUAAUCUACUCGUAUGGUUCGGCGUCUUGCGCUAUCUCGGUUUCUUCAAGACAUACAAUGUUGUCAUAUUAACUUUGAAGAAAGCUACGCCGAAAGUAGCGAGAUUUCUUAUAUGUGCGGUACUUAUUUACGCCGGUUUCACAUUUUGCGGUUGGCUGGUGCUCGGUCCAUACAAUAUGAAGUUUCGUUCUCUUGCGAGUACCUCGGAAUGUCUGUUCGCGUUGAUUAACGGUGAUGACAUGUUUGCCACAUUUUCUAUCACAUCUUCCAAAUCAGUGGUGCUAUGGUGGUAUUCUAGGAUCUAUUUAUAUUCGUUCAUUUCGUUAUAUAUUUACGUCGUCUUAAGUUUGUUCAUUUCUGUGAUAAUGGACGCGUACGAUACGAUUAAGAUUUAUUAUCGCGAAGGCUUUCCGAAGAACGAGCUGCAAACAUUUAUAGCGCCGUGUAAGGAUGAAGCGUCGAGCGGUAUUUUCAGAGACGACUGUGAGAAGAGUGAUCUGACCGAGUUGCUCGAGCGAUUCUGCUUCUGUUGUCGAAAAAGACCCUUUUACGGAUCAUUUACGACGUCGAAUGAUUCAUCGAUCAAGUCUGAAGAAGCACGCGGUAAUAUCUGCGCAUAGUAUGUUAACAAAAAACCCAUGUAGUUAUUAUGGUGCCAUGGAUACUCUGUAUGACAAUAGAUCCGUUGCAUCAACAUCUUUGGUCUAGCAAUUUUGAUUUACAAUUUCUUGUCUUUCUUAAUCCGAAAAGAGAAAGAGAGAAAAGUUAUGUCUUUAUAUAAUGUAAUUUUAUAGUAACACAUGAUAGCAAACGUUGCGUUUGUAUAAAAUAAUCGCGAAAUAUUCAUGCGUCAACCAAAAUAUGGUCUUUUGCCAUAUAUGAGUAUGUAUAAUAUAGCUCAAUUAUAAUAUUUCAGAUAAGCAAAUGUUAAAUAUAAUAUGUAUAUAAGUUAUUUUUUUUUUAUUUUAAAUACGUUACCAAACAAACAGGAAAAGCGCAGCUUUGCAACUGUGAUUUUUUAUUAAAUGCCUCCUAAUGACACACUAAUUUUUAACAUAUUAGUUACAUGAAAUUAUCAAUCUUACUAUUGAUAGAUGCAAUAAAUUGUUAACCAUACGCAAAGCGUUCCGUCAAAUGAAAUUGAUUACAUGUUGAAAAUUUACGUACAGUAUUUUGUGUUACAAUGUGUUUAACGUAUAUCUGUGUCUACAUUGUAUAUUUAUAGUACUUUGUAUAUAAAUACAUCAACUAUAAAUACAUUAACAUUGUGAAACAACUGUAACAAAUUUUUGCGUAAAUACUCUAAUAGUAGAUAGUAAAACAGUAUUGCUUUUGCGUAAUAUACAUACAGACAAUGUCAACUAUUAAAAAAGUAAUAUAUAAACAAUAGUAAAGUUAUUUAAUUAUACAUAAUGGAACACACAAUAUCAGCUUAUCAAUAGUCUCAUGUAACAAUGUAGUUUUACAUGCUAAAGUUUUAAAGAAAGAUGUAAAGGAUAUAAAAUAGCAUUGAAGUGUAUUAAUAAUGUAUAGUAUAAAUUUAAAUUUGGUUAUAGAUAUAAGCUUUUUGUACAUCAAUCUUCUUGUUCUCACAAUAUCAAGGCGUAUGAAUUAUUUAUAAUUGUACAUUGCAUAUGUUUCUAAUUUUCUUGCGUGUUUCUCUUACAUUAAAAUUUGUAUUUGCGUUUUCAGACGUAUGUGACAAGCUUGCGCACAAAAGUAAUGUUAUCCAAAGAUAUAAAAUAUUUACAUUGAAGUACAAUAAAACGUUGUUUGUUUUUUAAUAAAAUACGAUUUAUU